AUGUCAGACGGCAUUCUUCGGCUUGCUGUCUUCGGGAUGACCGGGGCCGGCAAGACCUCUUUCAUCAACAAGGCCACCGGAGCUCAGUUGGAGGUAGGAGGCUCUGGGAACUCUUGUACCAAGGACGUGCAGUAUGGAGAGACGACGGUCAAUGCGAAGAAAGUACUCCUGCUUGACACCCCCGGCUUCGACGACUCCGGGGGCCGGGACGCCGAUAUCUUCGUCGAGAUCUCGAAAUGGCUAGCAGUUGCCGAGGCGAGUGGGACAAGUGUGGACGGAGUUAUAAUCAUGCAGCCCAUCAACAAGCCCCGAGUCACCGACAGUGAGCAAAAGAAAACCCAGCUAUUUAAGAAGAUUGUCGGUGGCGCGUUCUAUCCAAAGGUGGCAUUCGGAGAUGUUCCAACGGGUGCGAAGGUGCUCCGCUUCGAGAACACGGAGAGGUCGGCCCGCGACGUUGUCCUCCAUUUCAUGGGUCUUAACUCCAACCCGUACCCUCGGACGCGAUUAUUGCUCCAAGAGGAGCUGGUCCAGGCUGACGGUCGACUGAACGAUACAAGUGCUUGCCGGGAGCUGGACAUCAUGCUUGGCCAGAAGACGAGAAGCUUCCAGGUACAGAUCAACCAGGGUAGAGUAGCGUCCACACCAGAGUUACAGGGCAGAGUCAACGACAUCAGUAAAAAGAGAUCUUGGCUCAAGACAAUCAAGAUCAAUGGGAAGGAUCUGUUGAAGACGUUCGGGAAAUGGGCGGGCGGCGCGGUGGUCUCAACAGCUUUGGGGCUGCUGUGUGAGGUGAUGUAA